UUCCUCUCCUUUGUGUCUUUGGUGCGUAAUGAGCGUGCGUCAGAACAACUCCGCGUUCAGUUCCCUCUAAGCAGGUUCACUUUUCGAGUUUCAGCUGUCGAGCAGCAAAGACGUUUCCUCUUUUUUCACACAGAGAUUUCUCAAAUCCAUUCAGACAGAGAAAGUUUAACUAACAAACCUUGAAUAGUCUGAGUGGUUGGACGAUGGAUUCUCGGAUUUUACUCCCUGCGCUUCUGCUCGUCGUCGGUUUGGCGACAGUUUUGGCCCAGACGACUUCCGCACCUGAACCAGCAUGUGAGACUAAGAAUGGGACAAGCUGCGAGCUGUGUUUGAAAAAUGUAAAGUGCUUGUGGUGCAUCAAAACAAAGGCAUGUGUAACAUAUCCAGUGAAGACCAUCCUCCCUCCUCAUGCCCUCUGUCCUCUGAAUGAGGCGCGAUGGGGGCUCUGCUGGAUGAACUUCCAGACGUUGAUAAUCACCUUGGCGGUGUUAGGUGGAGUCAUCAUUAUCGCCUUCCUUAUCUGCCUGUUCUGUUGCUGCAAGUGUGAGAACUUUGGAUCCAGAAGAUUUGAUGCCAAGAUGGAGAGGCAGGCUAACAAGACAAGAACCAAGCAGGAAGAAAGGAAAGCAGAAAUGAACCAGCGACAUGAUGAAAUCAGGAAGAAAUAUGGUCUGAGUGGACAAAAUCCCUAUUCCAAAUUUGCAUGAGAGGAUCUGUGAAUUGAGUUUUCAACCACAGGGUUCAUGUUUUCUCUGAGCACUGACCUCUCACACAAUCAAAACUGACAACCUACGUAUGUUGUGGCUGAGAGUGUAGACGAAACCUAAGGAUUUAUGUGAACUCUAAGAACAAUAGACAUUAGUUUUGCACAGCCAGUCAUUGGUCUCAUCCAGCCUAUGUAAAGGAAUAUGUUCAUUGUGAUCAUCCAAGAGGCUGUAAAUAAAGGUAGAAUAGAAACAUGUAGCAGCAGUGUUCUUCAGAAUCAAAUACUCUCUGGUAACUAUUUAUUGUAUUAAGUCAAAUGAUUUAUUGUGCAAAACAGAAAGACUCAAGUCGACUACCUUAGCUCCAGAAUCUGGAUUUUUUUCCCCUGGAUUUUAUCUGUUUUCUUCCUGUGUUGCUGCUGAUUAAGAGUUUUACAAACAAAUAUUCAACCUAUUUUUGUACUUGAUUUAAUUCACUUAAAAUAGACUCAAUCCUAGCAUAUACUGUGUGUACUUGCUGGAGUCAUUUUUAUAUUGUUAGUGCUCCACUUACAGGUUUUCUUUUUUUUUCUUGGGCUGUCAGGUUUGGAAAAUCCCUAAAUAAAUCUUAAUCAGUGCAGUCUAAAUUUAUAAAGUGAUUGGAACUUUUGAAUAUUUACUUUGAAGUCUGCCUUAUUCUGCAUUUGCCUGAAUACCCUGUAAAUACAAGUAGGCCUAAUAAAAGAUGCUGAACUCAUAC